GGGAAAAAUGUUUGUGUGGUUUUGUAGAUACCACCUAAAUGUUUCUUACUGAGAGCUGCUCAGAUUAUAUCCCUGCUUUUGAAAAUGUACACAAAAGUGAUCAGAAACGUGUCCAGAGACAUGUGUCCAAAAGAGACAUGUGUCCAAAGUGGCCAGAGACAUGUGUCUGUAAAGUGCAGGAUGUCAAACAAAACUCUGACAUGUGAAUGGCAGAUAAAUCUUUUGGAGCUUUACUGUAUGUUUACCUCAAAGUCAUGGCGGAACACUUUGUACAUUAUAAAGACAAUUUGUCUGUGCUCAUUUUCUGCCAUGCUUUCCUGUUGUGUUCUCAUAACUUGAGUAGGGAUGAGCAGUGUGGCAGAAAUGACUCUGUGACUGCCGUCAAACUGUGCUGUAUUACUGUAAGGGGAAAUACUCAUAGUUCAUUCUAGGUUAGUAUGUCUCACUACUCCUACUUGUAGACCUUUUCCAGCUCCUACUAUUCAAAUAAUGUCUCUCAUGCAGUAAUAGUCUGGUGCAUUAAUAUAAUUGCCUGAACAAGAACAGAAAGUAUUUCCAUUGGUAAACCAGUCCUCAAGACAGCCUCAACUCUGGAUGGAUGAAGUAUGUAUGUGGAAGCCGGUGACACAAGAAUCAAUCUCUAGACAUUAGUGCUGUGCAGAAUCUUCCCUAACAAACAUUUUUGGCGUGAAAUGGGAGGGCUUCAUGGAAGUUGAAAUGUUACCUGGAACUCCUCAAUAGGCUGAGGAAUCUUGUAAAUGCAAUGGCUGGAAAAACCCUAAUCCACCUGCUACUCCACCUCGGGCAGAUCUGCAGCAGACAGCUGUGAGCCUUGCUGAACCAUGCCGUAGCUGUAAUCAUGCACUAGCUGCACAUGUUUCUCACUUGGAGAACGUCUCUGAAGAAGAAAUGAGCAGGCUGUUGGGAAUUGUCGUAGAUGUGGAGUAUCUUUUCACCUGUGUCCAUAAGGAAGUAGAUGCAGAUACCAAGCAAGUCUAUUUCUACUUAUUCAAGCUUUUGAGGAAGUGCAUAUUACAGAUGGGGAAACCUGUUGUUGAAGGAUCCUUGGAAAGUCCCCCAUUUGAGAAGCCUAGUAUUGAACAGGGAGUUAAUAAUUUUGUACAGUACAAAUUUAGCCACCUACCAUUAAAAGAGAGACAAACAAUAAUAGAAUUGGCUAAAAUGUUUCUAAAUCGCAUCAACUACUGGCACCUGGAGACACCUUCCCAGCGACGGCAGAGAUCACCUAAUGACGACAUUGCUGGCUAUAAAAUCAACUACACAAGGUGGCUGUGUUACUGUAAUGUACCCCAGUUCUGUGACAGUCUACCUCGAUAUGAAACCACACAAGUUUUUGGGAGAACCCUGCUACGCUCAGUCUUCACUGUGAUGACACGGCAGCUUCUAGAACACGCUAGACAGGAAAAGGACAAACUUCCUCCUGAGAAACGAACACUAAUCCUUACGCACUUUCCCAAGUUUCUAUCCAUGUUGGAGGAAGAGGUGUAUAGUCAAAGUUCUCCUAUAUGGGAUCCUGAUUUCAUGGCUUCCUCAUCUCGAAGUGCCCAGCUAGGCAUCCAGACAGUCAUCAGCCGUCCUCCUGUGGUAAGAUCUGUUUCAUACAGUGCAAGUCCCUCAUCUCUAGAGCAGCCCAGUGGUGGAAGUAUGAGUCCUGCUUGUAAGGCUUCUUCUGGCCUGGACCCAACCAUAGGAGAGAAGAGAAAAAUUAAUGACCCUUAUUCCAUGGAAGAUACUAAGAAACCGAGAGUUGUCGGAGAUAUUCCUAUUGAACUAAUCAAUGAAGUGAUGUCAACCAUUACAGAUCCAGCUGCAAUGCUUGGCCCAGAGCAGACUAACUUUCUGUCGGCACAUUCAGCCCGGGAUGAAGCAGCAAGGUUGGAAGAGCGCAGGGGAGUGAUAGAAUUUCAUGUAGUUGGAAAUUCCCUAAAUCAAAAGCCAAAUAAAAAAAUUAUGAUGUGGUUGGUUGGCUUACAGAACGUUUUCUCACAUCAGCUACCCAGGAUGCCAAAAGAGUAUAUUACUCGUCUAGUCUUUGAUCCGAAACACAAGACCCUUGCAUUAAUAAAAGAUGGUCGUGUGAUUGGGGGUAUCUGUUUCCGCAUGUUCCCAUCUCAAGGAUUUACAGAAAUAGUAUUUUGUGCCGUGACUUCUAAUGAACAAGUCAAGGGUUAUGGAACUCACCUAAUGAAUCAUCUGAAAGAGUAUCACAUUAAGCAUAAUAUUCUCAACUUUCUUACAUAUGCAGAUGAAUAUGCAAUUGGCUACUUCAAGAAACAAGGUUUUUCAAAAGAUAUUAAAGUACCAAAAGCAAAAUAUGUUGGCUAUAUCAAGGAUUAUGAAGGAGCAACUUUAAUGGGAUGUGAAUUAAAUCCAAGAAUUCCUUACACUGAAUUUUCAGUCAUCAUUAAGAAGCAGAAAGAGAUCAUUAAAAAAUUGAUUGAAAGGAAACAAGCUCAGAUUCGGAAAGUUUAUCCUGGUCUUUCUUGCUUUAAAGAUGGAGUACGACAGAUUCCUAUAGAAAGUAUUCCUGGAAUUAGAGAGACUGGCUGGAAACCAAGUGGUAAAGAGAAAGGUAAAGAACCCAAAGAUCCAGAUCAGCUUUAUAGCACACUAAAAAACAUUCUACAACAGGUGAAGAGCCACCAAAGCGCUUGGCCUUUCAUGGAACCAGUGAAGAGAACAGAAGCUCCUGGAUAUUAUGAAGUAAUAAGGUUUCCCAUGGAUCUGAAAACUAUGAGUGAGCGACUUAAAAACAGGUACUACGUUUCUAAGAAAUUGUUCAUGGCAGAUUUGCAACGAGUCUUUACUAACUGCAGAGAGUACAACCCUCCUGAAAGUGAAUACUACAAGUGUGCCAAUAUACUGGAGAAGUUCUUCUAUACAAAGAUUAAAGAAGCUGGCUUAAUUGACAAGUGAUGAUUGUCCUCUUAUGCAAUCAAGAUACUAAUUUAAGAGUAGAAUAUGCAGCUUCAAUAGAAUUGAAACUCAUGUUUAAAAAAACCUCUGUUUUAUUAACUAGCACUUUUAAAACAUGUAAUAUAGAAGAGUUUAUUUUAUUAAAGUACUUUUUAAAUGUA